AUGAAAGCCACCAUGCUCUUCCUGCUCCUGGCCGCAGCCAUGUGCUGCUGCCCUGGCAACGCAGCACCUGAAGAUCCUUCCGGCAUCUGGGAGAAGCCGUCGUGUGCCAAGUACUUUCCGGAAAGCGGCUGCCCCCGGAUCCUGGAUCCCGUUUGUGGCACUGACCUCCAGGUGUACCCCAACGAGUGCGUGCUGUGUGCCGAGAACCGGAAGAGAAACACCGACGUGCAGAUCAAGAACCGCGGGUUUUGCUGAAAAGCGCCUGUGCG